AAUAUUCGCUCUCACGAGCAAGUCGUUUUUAACUAGUGGUAUUGAAUUAUUGAUUUAUUCAUUUCCUCCAGUUCGGGGGUCUAUAUAAAUUAAAGCCAGGCAAGGCCAUCUCCUCCAAGCUACCCAGGGAGCCCCGGCAGCCAUCCUCUCGGGGUUUAGCAUUGAGAUAGAUCCAUAUGGCCACCAGCAGCCCCGUCGCUCUGAUCUCGCAGGUGCAGCAGCGCAAGCCCCGGCCAUACACCCCAAGCCUAUGGGGUGACUUCUUCCUCCACCACAUCCCAUGCACUCCAUCACAGCUCUUCUCAAUGAAGAAGAAGGCACAGAUCAAGAAGGAAGAAGUGAGGCAGAUUAUAUUAGAAACCCUUGCCUCCUCCAACCUGGUUGAGAAGAUGGAGCUCGUCGACACGCUUCAACGGAUUGGGGUGGACUACCACUACAAGAAGGAGAUCAAUGAUUUGCUUUGCUACGUCUACAACGACAAAGAUGGAGGCUCUAGCAAUCUCUACAUCACCUCACUGAGGUUCUAUUUGCUCAGGAGUCUCUUCAGGUACAUAAGAUCAUCAACUACAAGUAAUGUGUUUGAGAAAUUUAGGGAUGAGCAAGGGAACAUUACAAGUGAUGAUAUCAGUUGCUUGCUGAUGUUGUACGACGCUGCGCAUCUGAGAACUCAUGGGGAGGACAUACUUGACAACAUUAUCACUUUCAACAAGAGCCGCCUCCAGUCUCUACUGCUGGGAAAUUUGGAGCCACAGCUACAGGAGGAAGUCCAGUGCAGUUUGGAGACACCUCGGUUCAGGCGGGUCAAGAGAGUGGAGGCAAGGCGCUACAUCUCAGUAUAUGAGAAAAAGGCUACACGGGAUGGGACCAUACUGGAAUUUGCAAAACUAGACUACAACAUCUUGCAAGCUAUCUAUUGUGAUGAGUUGAAAGAACUUACAGUAUGGUGGAAAGAUUUCCAAUCACAAACAUAUCUGAGCUUUGCACGGGACAGAAUGGUGGAGCUACAUUUUUGGAUGCUCGGAGUGGUUUACGAGCCCUAUUAUUCAUAUUCAAGGAUAAUGAUGACAAAGUUCAUCGUAUUUGCAUCCUUGCUCGAUGACCUUUAUGACAACUAUAGCACCACAAUGGAGAGCAAUACCUUCACCAUGGCCAUGCAAAGGUGGGAUGAACAAACCACAGAACAGCUUCCAGCAUACUUGAAAGCACUCUUCAUCAACAUAUUAAACACUACAAAUAAGAUUGAGGAGGAGUUAAAACUUAUGAAAAACAAGCAUGCUGAUUUGAUCAAAAGACUGGUGAUUGACACUGCCAAAUUCUACCAUGCUGAGGUUGAAUGGCGUGAUGAACACUACAUACCAACUAGUGUCGAAGAACACCUCCAAAUUUCCACCCAUAGUAGUGUUUGCAUGCAGAUAACAAACCUUGCGCUCAUUUCGCUUGGAGACGUGACUACUAGGGAGGAUGUUAAUUGGGCUCUCACCUUCCCCAAAAUCAUCAGAGGUGCUUGUAUUGUGGGGCGUGUUGGCAAUGACAUCGUGUCACAUGAGCGUGAACAAACUUCAGAGCAUGUCACAUCCACGGUGCAAACUUGCAUGAAGGAAUAUGGGGUGACAGUAGAAGAAGCCAAUGAAAAGCUUAGAAUUAUAAUCGAAGAAGCAUGGAUGGACAUCGUCGAAGACUGCCUUGAGCAAAAACGUCCCAUGGUACUUUUAGAGACAGCCAUCAACGUUGCAAGAACAAUGGAUUUCAUGUACAAGCGUGAAGACGCAUAUACCCUCUCAUUCAGCCUCAAGGAUGUUAUAACUUCAAUGUACGUCAACUCUGUGUGAGCUUGUUGAUCUAGCAUUAGUAAGCAAUACUUUUUUUAUGUUUGUGGAUUGGCAUAAUGUCUGCUGAGGGUACAGUUAACUCCUAGAUUAUGAAAACAGUUGUAUUAUCCUAUUUACGUGUAUUGGGGUCAAAAUAGAGCCUUUGCGGUUAUUUCUGAAACAUUA